AUGGCGAACCAGAAGUUCACCGUUUGGAACAGAGGCACCUCCACAGAUCCCCGAACCUCGCACGACGAGAUUUGCCACUUGACCUUUCGCCAUGGCGGCUUUGCAGAGGAGCAGCUGCCUGAUCAGCCUGCGAAAACAGAUUUUGAUGCUUUCUGCAACGUCAUGCGCAAGAAUGCAGAGAAGGCAGCUGAGUUCCAAGGUGCCCGCAAGGAAAUGCUGGCGAUUUUGUGCAAGGGACAAGUCCGUUUCCGAGAGGGCAAAAGUGCCAACAAAGCCAGCCAAGCCUUCCAAUUGGCAAGGGGGAGCCAAAUGAAGGAGUUCCGCUCAUCCCAUUGCGAGAUUGUGACGCCCUUCCGUGCAGUGGAUAGACAGAAGUAUGAAGAGCAGUUCCCAGGCGAGAUUGAAGCCAAGAAAUUGAAGACGACGAUGAAAAUGAUUGAGGGAAAGAAGAGAGAAGUGGUUCUCGUCCGGAAGAAUCCUGAUGGGGAAUGGGAUUUGAACUUAAGGACCACAACGGGUGUUGUGCAAGAGGAAAGGGUUGACCAUGGCGACGAACAGAUCCGGGAAGGGCAGAUGGCAGUUGAACAGGAGGCCAUGGAGGAAGACCAGUCGGAUGGAGAAGAGAUCUUGCCUGGAGGCCAGACUCGCCCUGCAAAGCCCGAGCCAACGGCGAUGGAGAAGAAAGCUGUUGCGGAAGCGCUUCCUGCAGCCGGCAAGGCUGUGGUCAUCAAGGUUACCAUGACUGACUUUAGCAGCGCUGCCCAGGAAGCCUACAAGAAAGCAUCUUCCUUAGACAACAAGGUCAAGAAGUGGCAGUCUGUUCCAGAAGAUAUCCUUGAAAGAUCUGCUAGCCUCAAGAACAUGGCUACAGCUCUGAUUGCAUCUGCCACUGCAUUUUCCAUGAGCAAGAAAGCCCUGCAUACGGACAAGAUGGAGACAGCGCUGAAUUCGCUUGCUGCCCAAGGCAUUGAGGCUCCACUGGCUUGGCGAGCUUUGCACUUCAAGGAACAGCUUGGUGGCCACCUCAGGUUCGGCAAGCUGGAGGCUUGUGCUGAGAUGUGUGGCCAAGCUAAGGACAACAUGCAAGACAUCAUGGAGGACUGCCUAAGAGAAUUCCUUGGCUCACUUACUGUCCCUUUGGAGGAUAGCAAGGGGCGGAAGAGAAGGUUUGAUCCAGCGAAGACUUUGCAGGAUCUUCUAACAAAGCUUCUUGCCUGCGCAGAACUUCCUGGCAGUGUAGUGCGGGACCUCAGCACUUUGGACACUGCCUUGCAAACAGAUGAAAGUCGGCUGCCAGCCCGCAAGGAGUUAGAGGCUUUGAGAGAGGAUGCUUCCUAUGUGGGUGUGCUUGAAGCCUGCUUUGCAGCAGAGUUGAUGGAAGCCUUCGCCGCCUUCAAUGACUGUGGCUUUGCAGUAGCUAAUGUGGAGGUCGUAGAUCGGUUGAACAAUGCUUUGCUUGCAGCAAUGGGUGAGUCACAGUCCGAAGUGGAACUCGUUCUGAAAG